AUGAAAGAAAUCUUCUUGACGCAAGGUUGGUGUCCUCACCAAAUUCGUCGACUACAACAGGUCUAUACAUUAGAAACUCUGACCUACCUCAGCAGCCUUGACCGUCGCGGCUUCCGUCCAAACAACCACGAUGGAUGCGCUACGGCAGCCCGAUGCAUCGCUAAUAAUGUGGAUAUGAAGAACUACAAUACCGCGCACACGCCGUCGUGCUCGAAAGACUGUUCCACACUCGCUGUUGACUAUGCAGCCGUCGUCGCUAUUAUUAGAGACGGCGGGGUACCCCUUGUCAGCAUACACGUUGAUCCAGCAUCAGGCGUACUCGAGCCAGUCUUCCAUCUACGUGUAAGACCUCGACUGCCUUCCACUCGCUACACCGUUUUGUCGCAUGUUUGGUUCGAUGGCCUCGGUAAUCCCUCUGCGAAUGCCCUCCCAUCGUGCCAGGUCCACUGGAGAUGGACUGGUCGCGCCAAAGCUUUGUUCUUCAUCCUGAACGCCAGCCCCCAGCCCCCAGUAUUCUGGAUGGAUACACUCUGCAUCCCAGUCGGCGAUUCGGAGAAGUCAUUGCGAAAAACGGCCAUUAAUCAAAUGGCGUCCAUAUAUGCAGCUGCCGUUCAAGAGCUAGUGCUUGAUUCGGAAUUGCUGCAAUGCAACGCCAGGGUGAGUACGGCAACCGAGUCACUCGCUCGCAUGGCCUGCUCGGCGUGGAUGACGCGCAGCUGGACGCUGCAAGAGGGCGUACUCGCCAGAGAAUGCGUAUUCCAAUUCGAGAAUCAUGCCAUCGAUCCUGUACACGAAUGGUGUCUUCAUGGUCCAAGAGAUCCCUAUCGAGCCGUGACGCACAAAGCCGUUUUUCCAGAUGUUGAAGAUGUCGCUGGUUGGUCUAUCUAUAAAGAGCUGUACAACAACUUCUGGGAUACACUUCAUCAAGACUGGAAGAGUCGCUUUCGACGAGAUCCGCCAACUCCUGCAGCCUACAAAGCCGACGGUGGGGCAUUGGUGAGUAUCGGCGGUUUCCGUGGGAGUCAAGCAGUCGGGAAGGUCCACACGCUUCCGGCUGCUGAAGGUCUACUGAAACGCGGAAAAAGUGGUCUCGACAAGAAAGACCAUUUCACGAUGGACCUCGGCGAUGAACACCGCUUGAAGCAGCUGGUUGAUACUUGGAACGAGCUAGCACAUCGCUCAACCACAAUGCCUGAGGAUUUACACGUGAUCAUUGCUAACUUGCUCGACUUCAACGCUGACAGAGUCAUGGAGAUAGCGACACGUGCCGAGCGUAUGAGAGCGAUGAUUCUUGGUUUCAAGCUACUUCCUGUAUCGCUAUUCUGGAAUACCGGAUCAAAGUGGAGAGAUGAACCGCAUUCGCUCGGUUCUUGCAAUGGGUGGAUACCAGUCGAGCCAAGCAAAAGCAAACUAACACUGCUUCCUGUGAUGAGAGUCACCCCACAGUGGCUGCAUCUGGAUUUCGAAAUAGGUCGAGAUGACAACGCCACAAUGCCACAAGUAUUGUUGCUACAAACUAAGCCUGCCAUCGACACAACCACUUUCAUGUUUAUGGACCCCAGAAGCCGAGUGCAUUAUGGUGUAACGCUAUACGAAGAUCAACAUCGCGCGGAGCUCGAAGAACGCAUUGCGAUCGAUACCUCCUUUUGUCUAAUCAUCGAGACGCCUCUGCAAUUAGCAGUUGACUAUGCGACUAGAGGUGCUAUGUAUAGUCGAUUGUCUGGUCCGCUUGAAGAUCAAAUAAAGGAAGUGCAGCUCAUCUACUGCUUCCCGAUUGAUAUACGACGUAUCAACACAGCGCUGGACAUAUCAAAACAUGUGCCACAGGUCGAAUACCUCCCCCCCAGUACGAAGGUAUUGGUCAAGUACGAUCCUAUUGACAACUCCAAGCCCUUACCCCGACGUUUGAACAAUGGACCAUCCCUACAAGGAGCUGUUGCCGUGAUUAUACUUGCUCCUUUAUCAGCAGUGGCGGCCGUUGGAUGCUUGUUUGCCUUUGUUGCAAUCAUAGCUCAACCCCCGCAUACCUUCUCGUCCUCCGCAAGAGGCCUUCUGAUCGCAUUCUUCGCACUGGGCCCUGGUGCUGGUAUAUUGGGCCUGGUUUGGUUACUAUUCAUGAUGCCGUUUAUUUAUCGCAAGUGGCUUUUGUCUUUUAACAGCAAUUGGGCGGACAGCGAUAGGAAGGGCUGGUGGGGAAAGUAUGUGCGCAUGGAAAAGAAGUUAGGAAGAGUAGAACUGGGAGUUUUCGAGUGGGUAGAAAAUAUAGUCAAGAGAUGGAAACUGACCGUGGCCCACAGGCGCCGCAACGAGACAAUUAUUCCCGCUUGAAUGCCAGCCAUUGCAAGAAAUGUAUAUCCAAGACAUGUAAGGCUCCUGUAGUAUUCCCACCAAGCGACUACUGUGAAUGCUGUACAUAGUUUUGCACAUGUAUAAAAUCCCACAGCCCGG